AUGAAACUCGCGUUACUGGUUUUGCUGGGCAGCUGUUUCAUUGGGCAAUUGGUAAAUACCCAGUUGGUUUACAAGCUUAAGAAAAUCGAGUGUCUGGUUAAUCGGACGCGAGUGAGUAACGUGUCUUGCCAUGUGAAGGCGGUCAAUUGGAAUCUGGCAGUGGUGAAUAUGGAUUGCUUCAUGAUUAUGCCUCUGCUUAACCCAAUCAUCCGAUUGCAAGUUUUUACAAAAGACUACAGUAACCAGUACAAACCAUUCUUAGUUGACGUUAGAAUCCGAAUUUGCGAGGUGAUCGAGAGGAGGAACUUCAUACCGUAUGGCGUGAUAAUAUGGAAGUUAUUUAAGCGUUACACGAAUGUUAACCACUCCUGCCCUUUUUCGGGCCAACUUAUAGCUCGUGACGGUUUUCUGGAUACUAGCCUUCUGCCGCCGUUUCCUCAAGGAUUUUACCAAGUCAGCUUGGUAGUUACGGACACUGAUUAUGUAGGCACAAUGAAGUUCUUCCUCCAGGCCAUGGAACAGAUAAAAAGCAAGAAGACCCCUAGUUCCUAAUGCUAUCUAAACUUGGUCCUCAAUUAGAGAUUUCUUUACGUUUUAUACACAUAUGUACAUAUGGGAGUAAUAUAAUUUACAUUUCACAAAAAAAUUGUAUCAAUAUGUUAAGCCAAAUCUUUUAAAUAAA